AUGCUUUCAAAGGGAAACUUACGAAAGAAGCGUAAUUUUAAAAACCUGAAGUUGGACAAUUCACCAGUCGUGGUGAGCCCAUCUUCCUCUGAUUCAAGCAAAACCAAGUCGAAAGGUCUAGAUGAAGAAUACAGCAAACUUUGCGAACAAUUGAGCGAACUGGAGAUUGGACUGGAGUUGCGGCUGGAUCUGCGUCCAGAAGACUUUACUUCGGUGGAUGAACUCGGUAGAGGCAAUGGCGGUACGGUCUGCAAAGUGUUACAUAUCAGAACAAACACUAUCAUGGCAAGAAAGGUGAUUCAUGUGGAAGCCAAUAUGCAAGUGCGAAAACAGAUUAUGCGAGAAUUACAGUUUAUGCACGAUUGCAACUCAAAACAUAUUGUGAGUUUUUAUGGAGCGUUCAUGAAUGGCAGUGAUAUAUCGUAUUGCAUGGAAUACAUGGAUGUUGGAUCUUUGGACAAAAUUUACAAAAAAUACGGACCGAUACCCUUGGAUGUCCUGAAGAAAAUUGCCUAUGCGAUUGUGGAUGGACUGAUUUACCUGUAUGACGAACAUCGUAUCAUUCAUCGCGACCUCAAACCGUCCAAUGUCCUGAUUAAUUCGCAGGGGCAAAUUAAGCUAUGUGAUUUUGGUGUGUCUGGGCAGCUAAUCAACUCGGUGGCAGAUACGUUUGUGGGCACCAGCUCUUACAUGAGUCCCGAGCGUAUCAUGGGGUCACCUUACAGUGUGAAGUCGGAUGUAUGGUCACUGGGUAUCACAUUGAUGGAAUUGGCUUUAGGACGAUUUCCCUUUCCUCCAGAUGGCACGCCUUUGUCCAUUUUCGAGUUGCUGCAACACAUCGUCAAUGAACCGGUGCCGACCUUUCCGCCAAACAAAUUCCCAUCUGUGCUGACAAAUUUUGUCGAUGAAUGGUAA